GUGGUUGCAACAUCGCCGCGGAGGCAGCGAGAGAAGCUGACAGCGCGGAGCUGGCGCUGCUGAGCGCAGGAAGCCGUGCCGGUUCCUUCGGCCGGCGUCUGCGAGGACAGCGGCGUCUGACCCGCUCGGGUUAGGGGAUUUGCACAGACGUGGAGCAAUGCUUGUGAUUCUGCGGCUCCUCAAAACAUUGAGAAGUGUGGAUGAGUCACCCGGGUGCAAGGUGUCAUUCUCCUGUAAUUGGAAUAUUGCGAUGGAUUGACUGUGUCCCAAGUCUGGAACGACAGGGGGAAGUGGAAACCUACCCACAUCCCCUUCUUAGGCAUCACCUUGGAGAGAAGAUGAAACCUAACAGCUGAGGCGCAGGAUCUGCUCUCCUAAUUAGAACAUCAUUAGCAUCUUGAAAAAGCAUUUCCCGAAACCCCACCCCGAAACACAUUACUCCAGAGGCCUUUUUCUUUUUUCUUUUUAAAAGAUGGUUCUAGUUCCCUUCUAUCCACACCCUGUUUUGUCCCCCGCCCCCACCCCCGGUGGAAUCUUCCCAGAGUCUAAUCUUUCUCUUGGAUUCCAAAUCAUGUCCCCUUGGGCAGAGGUCUUGGCCUUCUGCUGCUAUUUCUUUAAAUUGAUCUCCAGCCGAAUUCCGAAUGUAAAGGUCAGCAGGCGAGGAAAUGGCACUUCUAAUAGAAAACAAUGUGCACUUUCUAAAUUUGAACCAAGCCGUUUCCGCUCUUUGAUUUAAGUGACUUCCUGGGGUUCCGUGUCAGGCACUGCAGUUGAAUCUCUGGCGGGAUUCCAACUUAAAAUUGCACUCUCUCGGUGAAAUUAGAAACUGAUCCAGGGUUGGCUUAGCUAUUCUAGUAAAUAGCAUUUAGGCCGAAUGUUCAGCUCAGCACUUGGAAAUGGGCGAUGUGAGUGCCCCUGGAGAGGAUUUCCCAUCCAAGUUGUCAGAAGCUCACCUACCCAUGGGUUAUUAGCCACUGGAGGAUGCUGCUCUUAGAAGUGCUGGCAAUAAGUUAAUAUCCUGGACGUGCAGGCAUCAGAUACAGCCCUUCCUUCUCUUUGACUAUCUGAAAUAAAGGCUUUUGUUUAUCCAGCUGAUAAACUUUAUGGGAGCAUACAGGGGCUGUCUCUCGUGGUCACUAUAUCCUCAGCACAAUGUUUGGCACGUAGUGCUUGUUAGUGUUCAGGAAAUCCAAACUGUUGCUCUCUGGGAUGGUGAUAAGUUACGGAGCACUUGCUGUAUGCCAGGCAAGAUGUUAGGUACUGGAUAUAUAUUUUCUCAUUUAAUCCUCACAAGAACCCAUUUUACAGUUGGCAAAACUAAGGCAUAGAGGUUAAAAAAGAACCUCAUUCACAGCAACACUGCUAGAUGGAAGGGAGGAUUCGAACUUGGACCUGAUCCCAGAGCCUGUGUUUAUCCCAACUGAGCUAUCUAUCUUACAUAAGGAGCACUUUUCAAAGAGAUUACAAGAAUGAACUCAGACGGCCCAGGUUGAGUCCUGGUCCUGCUACUGAUAGUUUAGUGUGACUUUGGACCAGUUAGAAAAACUAGGAAAGGGGAUAUUAGUAGAUAUGUGUCAGGGUUAUUGUGAAGAGUCCGUGACUUGAUGCUUAUGGUACUUGUUAAGAGCUAAAUAAGUGUAAUUCACUUACUAUGGUUGUUGUCAUUAUUAAUCGUCUAAGCCUUGAUUCUGGAGAGUCCACCAAAGGAAAUCCCUUCCCAUUUCAUUUGGGCUCCCAAGGACCUGAUGGGGAUAGGGGUAUUAGCAGGCCAAAUACUGAUGCCUGGAAUCCAUUCUCUCUUCCUUUUCCCCACCCCCCAGGGUCCCUAGAAGCCUGUUUCUCAGCGCAGUCCAGGACCUCCAGCCCCAUGGAGCCCCCAAUCCCACAGAGCGCCCCCUUGACUCCCAGCUCAGUCAUGGUCCAGCCCCUCCUUGACAGCCGUGUGCCUCACAGCCGGCUCCAGCACCCACUCACCAUCCUCCCCAUCGACCAGAUGAAGACCAGCCACGUGGAGAACGACUACAUAGACAACCCUGGCCUGGCUCCCCCCACCGGCCCUAAGCGGACCCGGGCUGGGGCCCCAGAGCUGGCCCCCACGCCUGCCCGCUGUGACCAGGACGUCACCCACCACUGGAUCUCCUUCAGCGGACGCCCCAGCUCUGUGAGCAGCAGCAGCAGCACAUCCUCCGACCAGCGACUCUUAGACCACAUGGCACCGCCGCCCGUGGCUGACCAGGCCUCCUCCCCGAGGGCUGUGCGCAUCCAGCCCAAGGUGGUGCACUGCAAGCCGCUGGACCUCAAGGGCCCGGCAGUGCCCCCAGAGCUGGACAAGCACUUCUUGCUGUGCGAGGCCUGCGGGAAGUGUAAGUGCAAGGAGUGCGCGUCACCCCGGACGUUGCCCUCCUGCUGGGUCUGCAACCAGGAGUGCCUGUGCUCUGCCCAGACCCUGGUCAACUACGGCACGUGCAUGUGCCUGGUGCAAGGCGUCUUCUACCACUGCACCAACGACGACGAUGAGGGCUCCUGCGCCGACCACCCCUGCUCCUGCUCCCGUUCAAACUGCUGCGCCCGCUGGUCCUUCAUGGGCGCCCUCUCCCUGGUGCUGCCCUGCUUGCUCUGCUACCUGCCCGCCACCGGCUGCGUGAAGCUGGCCCAGCGUGGCUACGACCACCUGCGUCGCCCUGGUUGCCGCUGCAAGCACACGAACAGCGUCAUCUGCAAGGCAGCCGCUGGCGACGCCAAGGCCAGCAGACCUGACAAGCCUUUCUGACACUUUGGGUCGAAGCCCCCCGUGCUCCCCCUGGGAACGUGGUUCCCUUCUGACACCUGAGAAGACUGCAGCGAGGCCGGAGGUUCUAGCGUCCUGAGGCUGACCUUGCCAGUCUGCCCACCCCAGCUUGGGAAGAGACAGAGACCCCCCCAUCACCCACUCCCUUCCCCAAAAGGAAGGAGAAGCACUUUGGGUUUUUUCAGGCUGGAACUUUGUGUGAAACAGACAGUGGCAGGGGCGUGGUGUGGUUUGGGGGGGAUUUUUCUUUUUCAGAAGACGGAACACAGAUGUGGCCACAUAUCCGGAAGUUGCAGCUGCUUGAAUGCCUUCCCAGUUCUCCCUCCUCC